UGGGACAGAAACCCCGCUAGAGGGAUUUUAAAAAGGGGGUAAUUGUUAAGCAGUAGGGGAGCACUUAUACCCAGGGCGCAUGCGAAGCUCUGAUAUUCCCUUGGUUGAUUGUGCUCAGUGUGAACAAGUGUGGUCGCUCGGUCAUCCUGUCACCUCCCGCUCAAUCUCCCCCCCACCCACCCCUACCUUAACGCACAGGCGCCUCGCUCUCUCUAUCUACUGCUGUACUGCCUCAGCGCGACACGCCGGGAGGAGGAUCACUGUGCGUCCGUAUCACUUGACUAUUUGGAUACAAAGCCAAGUGACAUAGAUCUAUGGAAAUACCCAAGUAGGAAUUGCACGAAACAUAGCAACAAAAAAAACAGCGGGCGUCUGGACGGAUCUCGGGCCAAAAGAAAAAAGUGACGACCCGACCUUCAACCAAGCGUGAAAACACCACCCCCUCACCCCCACACCCCUGAAGGACUCGGCGAGCGAAUGAGCCCUGUACAUGCGUCUCCCUGCCAACCGUCCCACACCGAGAUGAACUGUGAGCAGGACUUUGGGGAGGAGGGCCUUGGGGUCACACUGACGCUCAGACUGCUCAUGCAUGGAAAGGAGGUGGGCAGCAUCAUCGGAAAGAAAGGGGAGACUGUGAAAAGAAUACGAGAGGAGAGUACGGCCCGGGUCAACAUCUCAGAGGGCUCGUGUCCCGAGAGGAUCAUCACCAUCACGGGCUCCACCGACAGCGUCUUCAGGGCCUUCACCAUGAUCACUUUCAAACUGGAGGAGGAUCUGACCACACUGGUGGCCAAUGGGACGAUCAGCUCAAAGCCCCCGGUGACCCUUCGGCUCGUCAUCCCCGCCAGCCAAUGUGGCUCCCUCAUUGGGAAGGGGGGGGGCAAGAUUAAGGAGAUCAGAGAGAGCACCGGAGCACAGAUCCAGGUGGCAGGGGAUCUGCUGCCCAACUCUACCGAACGAGGGGUGACGAUAUCUGGGACUCAGGACUCAGUAAUCCAGUGUGUCAAGCUCAUCUGUGCCAUAAUCCUGGAGUCUCCUCCGAAGGGAGCCACCAUCCCCUACCGACCGGGCCCAUCCCCCGCUGCCCUCCUCAUCUCCGGCAAUCAGAUGUUUGACGCAGCAGAGUUCGCCCCCCACCAGUUGUACUCCGUCACCCAGGGGGGCCUCGACCUCCAGCAGGCCUACACUGUGCAGAACCAAUACGGCAUUCCACAUUCAGAGUUGGCGAAGCUGCAUCAGCUGUCGCUGCAGCAGAGCCUCAGCCCUCUCGGCCAGCCUGCUCCCACUGUUAUACCAGGCAUGGAUUCAAACACCCAGGCUGCUCAGGAGCUUCUUAUUCCCAACGACCUGAUCGGAUCAAUCAUCGGGCGCCAGGGCACCAAGAUCAAUGAGAUCCGCCAGGUGUCUGGAGCCCAGAUCAAGAUCGGCAGCCAGCUCGAUGGCACCAGCGACCGCCACGUCACCAUCACGGGCACUCCCAUCAGCAUCAACCUGGCCCAGUACCUCAUCACCUCCUGUUUAGAGACGGCCAAGUCCACGGCGCAGGCGGCGAACAUGGCCGCCUCGGUGGACCUCAACAUGGCCUUCGCCCAGCAGCACCCGUCCCCGGCCGGCUCCCCGGGGCCCACCCUGGCCGCCAUGGGCCCCCUGGGGCCGGCCCACAUGCUGGGCACGCCGUACGGCACCAUGCCUCUGUCGGGCCUGCUGGGGGUCAAGUCCAUGCCCUUCCUGACGCUCUCUAGCCCCGCCCCCACCGCCAUGGCCGUCAGCGCGCCCCCGUCGCACAACCCGCUGGCCGCCUACACCGCCAAGAUCUCCUCCGCCGCCUGCAUGAAGAAGCCCGAGAGACAGAAGUUCUCCCCGUACUGAUCCGGGACGUCCUGCCCCCAGCCACGAUGACGGGUCACUGCGAGGACGGCGGCGGUCCCUAGGACGGAGUGGAGCGUUGGUUGUUCUUCCGCACAUGCCCCCCCCGCCCCUCCCUGAUGUAGCCAUACCCGCGGCCAGAGAUUAUGUUGACUAUAUUGUAUAUGAUUACACACGGCACCCGGAGAAGAGACCAAUACAGAUUACGGACUAUUAUUGUUAAGUAUUAUCGUUAAGUUGUUCACGACUCACCUAUACAUGUUUCUUCUUUUUUUUUGUUGUUGUUUUUUGUGGGUUUUUCCCGAUGGAUUGAUGGACUUGCGUUGACCCACACCUCAUCACUGUUACUGAUCACUGAGGGGACAGGGGGCGGCGACCUCAAGCGUGGAGAAGCACAUGUCGUUGCCGCGUCGCAACGCAGAGCGCCCCUACAUGCGUCUCCCACCUUUGAGAUCCGCCACGAGUAUUUAUCCUUAGGUCAAUUUGUAAAUUAUACUCAGAGAUGACAGCUCUACUGUAUGAUGCUUUUAUACCAUGUCUAUGUUUGGCUUCUUGAGGUUUUUAAGAAAAUUUGUAAAUGUUUCAGGGCUGGGAGGGGAUGUUUUUUUUGUCUUUGUUUUUUUUUAUAAUAAUUUGUGCGAUGGUACUGUACUGUACUUGACAUUUGUUUUAGACGUUUUUGAAUUUUCAUUUGAAAUGUACAAUUUGUUCUUCCUUUAUUUAUUAGUAUCCUUUCAUUUAUUAAAAAUCUUUGUUUCCUGAUG